UCUACGUGCGGCUCGCGAUGUUAUCCACAGUUCUGCGGUAUUUCAUGCAGCAAAAGCAUAAUUAGCAUUCUAUUUUCUACAAUAAAUUCUACACACUUAUUAAUUAAAUUUCUUUUUAAUUAGUAAGUUUGUCUGUGAUUAAAAUUGACAGUCGCAAAUUUCAAGGUCAUAAACACGCUGGAGCAACAGCAAUUAGUAGAUAAACAAAGCCAAUUUUAUACGCAGCAAUUAGCGCUCACAGCUCCCUGUCAAAUCUCGCAUAUAUAUAUAUAUAUGACUAUAACUAUAAGUGGUGUGUAGCGAUGACGUGUAUCAGCCAGAGUAGCUCGGGCUCUAGCGUCGUCUGCUGCGUGUGCCUGGGCGAUAUUGUUUUGUGUUGCGACGUUACGAAAUUCGCCUGGCAGUUAGCAUCAGGAUGCCACUGCAGCAACUACAUCGUGAUUCAUUGACAGAAAAAUACAAUUGCCAUUUAUCGGACACACGUUGGAAAUAACCUGGGAUCAUGGCGCCAAAUAUAUUGCAGAGCAGCCUGGAGAACGCUUCGUUCAACAUUGUCUUUCAGAUAAUGUGUCGAGGCGUCACUUUUUUCCUGAAUGCAUUCGUGGUUAGACACGUGGGUCAAGCUAUUCUUGGUGUGAUGAAUGUACGGUUGCUGCUUCUUGAAUCUAUGAUUCUUUUUCUCUCCAAGGAGCCUUUUAUGAAAGCUGGACUUACUAAUACAGCAGAACAUAAUUGGGCUCAAGUUGUUAAUUUAUUAUGGCUAAGUGUUCCUGUUUCCGUUGUAAUGUCCUUUCUAUUUGGAUACAUGUGGAUUUAUGUUCUACCUACUUCAGAAACUUUACCCCCAUACUACACUUUUGCUGUUUAUGCAGUCGCAAUUUCUUGUGUGAUAGAGCUUUUAUCACUGGUGGUACAACUUGUUGCCAGUGCAUUUUUAUUCAAUAGACUUAGGAUUGUUUUAGAUACUAUUAUGAUUGCACUUAGGACUGCAACAUUUGUUUUUUUAAUUAUAUACAACCCAGAGAAUGCACUUCUUGCUUUUGGAGUUGCACAACUAGCAGCAGCUGUCUUUUACACUGCAAGUCAUUACGUUUACUUUAAUCAUUAUAUUAAGCGAUUGAAGAGGCACAAAUUAAAAAGAAGACUAUCCGUGAGUGAUGAUGGAACAGAAGAGAUUGUUGAGUCAGAAUUUCCUUUUAUGUCUUUAAAAGAUUUCCUACCUGGUCAGUUAGAAAAUCAUAACACAGUUUUGGAUAAAAAUCUAUAUCAUCUCACUAUGUCUUUUUUUAAACAAUCAGCACUUAAGCAACUAUUGACAGAAGGUGAAAGAUUGAUCAUGACAUUUGCACCACUCCUAACUUUUGCAGAACAGGGAGUAUACGAAGUAGUAAACAACUUAGGUUCAUUAGCAGCACGUUUCAUCUUCCGUCCGAUCGAAGACAGCGGUUACUUCUACUUCACUCAACUAGUUCAACGUGACCGUCCAAUAUCCCAUCAACCAUCCGGCAGAGUUGAAGAAAGUACCAACGUUCUCCGUUACUUGUGCGUCGUCGUGACGUCCAUCGGUUUGAUAGUCUUAGUAUUUGGCCAAUCUUAUUCAUCUCUGUUACUUUGGUUGUACGGUGGCGAAAAGCUCACCGCAACUCUACCCAUACUUUUACUACGUGCACACUGUUUGGCAGUAUUAUUAUUGGGCAUUAAUGGAGUGACAGAAUGUUACACAAACGCUACUGCAGACAGUGGCACAAUUGAUAAGAACAAUGUGAUUAUGAUUUAUGAGUCGCUGGCAUUUCUCGUCGCUUCAUACGUUUUUGUCACCUGGUUUGGACCUGUUGGAUUUAUACUUGGAAACUGCGUGAACAUGGGCUUGAGAAUUGCACAUUCGACGACGUUCAUUAACAGAAGAUAUGCUGAGACAAGAUACCAGCCGCUUCAAGGACUCGUGCCUAAACCCUUCUUUAGUUGUUGUCUCAUCAUUGCUGCCCUCGUCACUACAUUCUCUCAGACAUACUAUUUUCCUGACGAUAAAUUCUUGCAUUUGUUCAUCGGCAUAAUGAUGUUCGGCUUGGUAAUGUUCUCGUGGAUGUACGAAAACUACGAGCUGAUAAAGCUUGGUUUAAGCAAAUGGAUAGAGAGGCGGAACAGUGAUGUUAAAAGCGAUUGAAGAUAAAUUCAUACGUCACGUUAUUUAUACGUUCGUUCAACAGAAUAAAAAUUUAUUUUUGUAUAUUUGUCCAAAUGCUGUUUAAUAAUAAGUUCUAUUUUU